AUGAGUUCUAUUCCGGCUGUUCCAACUUACCAUCUACAGAAGUUAUCUCAUGAUGAAUGUCGAUCUAUGUUUGCUCAGUAUGCACUUGGAAGUACAAAUUUUGAUGCACAUCUGAAUUUGAAAGAAAUUGGCGACAAAAUAGUGAAAAAAUGUAAUGUCUUGCCUUUGGCAGUAAUGACGCUCGUAGGUCUUUUGCAGCUAAAUAAAGAAAAGAUGCGUUUGGAAGAUUUUGGCAAAGAAUGCUUUGAUGAUUUACUGUCAAGGUCAUUUUUUCAGCGAUCAAGUGAUAACAAGGAGAGAUUUGUGAUGCAUGACCUCAUUAAUGAUUUGGCUCAAUUUGUUGCUGGAGAAAUAUGUUUUAGGGCAAAUGAUAAUUUUGAUGGUAACGAGCAAUCUACAAUUUCUAAACGGACUCGGCACUUAAUAAGCGAGUUACCAAAUUUCGUUUGCAACUUGAAGCAUUUACGAUAUCUCAAUUUAUCUUAUACUUUAAUCCAACGGUUGCCUGAAUCAUUGGGUACUUUGUACAAUUUACAAAUACUGUCAUUGCGCAACUGCACAUCUCUUCGUACGUUGCCCUUGAGCAUUAUAAAUUUAAUUAACCUGCGUCAUCUUGACAAUGCUAACACUGAGUUACUUGAAGAGAUGCCCUUGGGGAUUGGCAAAUUGACAAAUUUGCAGACACUGUCAAAGAUUAUUGUGGGAAAAAGCAACAGGUCAAGACUAUCGGAGUUGAAGAAUCUACUGCAUCUAUGCGGGAAGCUUUCUAUUUUGAAGUUAGAAAAUGUAACGGAUGUUGGAGAAGCAAUGGAGGCCAAUUUAAUGGGUAUGAAGGACCUUGAUGAAUUAAAGUUGGGAUGGAGUGAAGAUUUUGAUGGUUCUAGAAGUGAAGAGCUUGAAAUGCAUGCACUUGACACCCUAAAGCCACAAAGAAAGUUGAAAAAGCUCAAAGUUGAAUUCUACAGGGGCGCGAGCUUUCCAACUUGGAUGAUGGGAAAUCCAACAUUUUCUGAAAUGAUGAAUCUAAGUCUCAGUGGUUGUACAAAAUGCGAAUCAUUACCACCACUCGGACAACUGCCCUUGCUCAAAGACUUACUCAUUAGAGGCAUGUAUGGAGUUAAAAGCAUUGGGGCUGAGUUUUGCAAAUAUGAUUAUCCAUUAGAAUCUCCAUUUCCUUCACUGGAGAGUCUAACAUUUGAGGAUAUGCCGGAAUUGGAGGAAUGCUUAAAAGUUGAGAGGGUUAAAGGACUAUGUAUUCUCCCAGAUGAAGUCGUGCAAUUUCUGGUGGCACUUGAAAAACUUGAAUUUAAUGAACGUGACCAACUGUUAACUCCUUGGGAGAAUGGUUUGACAUUGGGGGAAGAAGAAACAUUGCUGCUAGUACCCUUUUGUAAACUUGAAAGUUUGAAAAUAAGUGAGUGUGCCAAUCUGGAGAAGCUACCAAAUGGGUUGAACAACCUAAAGUCUCUUACGUUGUUGUUUGUGAGUGGGUGUUCAAAACUUGUGCGCUUUCCAGAAAAAGGUCUCCCACCCUUGCUUGGCUGGCUUUGGCUCAUAGAUUGUGAGGACUUGAGGUGGUGUCUAACAGAAGACACGUUUCCCACCACACUCAAGUAUAUUAAUAUAAUAAAUUGCAUGGAAUUGGAGUGGGUUUCGGAGACAAUGGUACAUGAUGAGAACAGUAUUAGUAGUAAUAUGUCUUCCCUUCAAGGUUUAUCCAUACAUAAUUGGCCAAAUAUGGGAAGGUUAGUUGGGUGCGUCAACCAUUUUGCAACUCUCCUUGCACUGGAUAUAUGGGAUUGCGAUAGUUUGGAGUGCUUCCCAGAAAGAGGUGGUUUAUCCUCCAUUACCAACCUGACAAGACUUUCUAUCGGCAGUUGCGUGAAUCUGAGGUCUUUGCCGCCAUUCGAUCAGAUUCAAAACCUGACAUACCUCUUUUUAUAUGAUUGUCCAAAUCUUGAGUUGUUUGGCAAUUGGAAUAGGAAUGGGAAUUUGCCCCCAAAACUAGUUACAAUUUCAGUUGAUGGUGAUUACGGGAAGCCAUCCCUGUCAGAGUGGGGUCUGCACAGACUCACCUCCCUUCAAACAUUCAGCAUCUAUGGUGGAUUUUCGGAGAUGAUUUGCUUUCCUGAUGAAGCGUUGUGUGUGUUUCCUGCAAGUCUAACCGAGUUAUCCAUCCAGGGUCUUUCUAAUGUGGAAUGCAUAUCAUCAAAGGGGUUCCAAAACCCCACCUCUCUUCAACAUCUAGAUUUCUACAAUUGCCCUAAUCUUGGGUCCUUGCCUAUGGAUGUGCUGGCUUCCACGCUUCAAUCGCUGAAAAUAAGAGACUGUCCAAAUCUAAAAAAAAGGUGUAAGAAGGAGAGAGAAGAUUACUGGCCAAUGAUUGUCGACAUCCCUUGCGUGAAGAUAGAUGCCCAUUACAACAUAUAUGAAUAA